CCCUUGGUCGGUGAGGUGGUGCAUUUCGCAAUCGUCCGUAUUGCCUACUAUAUACUGUAACAGAGCUGAUGUACUUUGGACUUGUCGUUUACAUUUGAGACUGCUUAUUCCAUCUUAUUCCAAGUGGAUUUCAAUCCCCUGCCCUGCCCCGUGGUUUGCUGGCAUGGUUUUGAAUGGGUUUCUUUGAAAAGAAUAACCUGGUUUUUUGGACUUGUGUACCCACUUCCCUACUUUUCCGGGGCUGUAGCACUUGAGAUAUUAAAAACAAAUACCUGGCAACGAGGGGGCAUCCCUUGGUGUUUGUAUCGCAUACUCACUGAGAUCUGAGAUCCCCUGGCAGAUUAUGUUUAUAUAUGGCUGCUGAACAAAAAUGGACUAGGUGACGGCGUAAAGAGCCAACCAAGGUCGUUGUUCCAGACAAAGUCGGCCAGUCGGCAUUUUUUGGAAUGGCUCCAAUCAUACAUCCACAACUGAAUAGGUCAAAAGGUUGGAUUGUAUGAUCUAUGAUGAUCUACGUUCAUCUAUGUUCCCCAUUGCCAGUGUGGUGCGCAUGGUGCAUUUCUCGUCAAUCCCUAUAUCUGCUGACGUCACGCGUUUCUCCGAGGUGGUGACCAAUCAGGUGAUGGGCGACCCAACGUCCGGAGCUGCCCGGGUCACCCUGGGUCACGUCUGGCAUCAUUCUGUGAAUUGGCGGCUGGUCCUUAGCCAUCUCCCUCCAGGACCUGGGGGCCCUGGGAGUAAGGAGCAGGCGGAUCCCUUUGGGCGCCGCUACUUGCUGGUGGAAAAGAGUCCUUGUUGUGAGACAUUGACCAUUCCGCCCGAUGCCCUGAAAGGGACCGAGCCGUGGCUGGCGUUCUCGUGGGUCGGGGGGAGUCAAGUCCGACGUGUUUUCUUUUUAUGGUUCAUUGGUGGCCUUAAACAACGACAAUAUAGGUCAUCAUAGUAGUCUAUAGCCAACAUUUGACCUCGACAGCUUUGAAACUCCACCAACAUGGUGACGCAGGGAUGUCAGGUGCAUACCGGAGGAGAUGCAGGAGGAUUUUUUUGCCAGCAACAAGUCCUUUGUCAUCAACGUCCAGGCAACGCCCGUGGACCCUCAAAACUCCUAAGAAGUCAUACGAGGUUGUGCGCGUACAGACUUUGACCAGUGCCUUGAAUCAAGAUGAUUUGUUUUGAAGAUGCUCGAAUGUAGAGCGAGCAGGUGUCUAAAGGAUUCUAAAGGCGUUUGAAUUUUGCAGAGAGACGACGCUGCUAACAUGAUGCGGCAUGCGUUUUUGUUUGACCAGACCAGGGUUUUCAAAAGACAUUAAUGCCUCUUAACUGCACAUAGUCACGGUGAAUUAUUUGUAGACUGUAGCAGUGCGAAUAUCACCGAAAAUGGUCUUAGUUUAAACGAAACUGUCAGCCGGCUGAGGUUUAGCAUCACUGAGCAUGGCCUCAAUGAGCUGAAGCCGCAGUGAAGCCAAAAAAGGAACUGCCCGAGCUGUGCACUGCGCGAGCAUGCUUGGAAGAGAUCCCUCCUGAGGAUCAGGGUUUGUUUGAUGGUAAUCUUGGGUACCGCAG